AUGGCAACAGAGCAACUUAGCACUUCUACGCCUAAUUUUGCUUGUGGCUCUGUAUUUCGAAACUUCGAGGAACACGAGUUUAGUGAAGUUGCGUACCAAGUUGGGUAUGGGGGAUUCGGCAGAGUUUUUCAUCGUAAGUGGAAUAGAGGUCUUCAAGUCACGGAUGUUGCGGAAAAAGUGCUGAUAGAGCACAGGAUAGAAGAAAGGUACGCCCGAAAUAUUCUACAAGAGGCGGAAAUGCUAUGCUUGAUUAAACACGAACACGUGGUCAAAUUGUUUGGAGUGAAGCACACGGACAGUUCAUUUAGUCUAAUCAUGGAAUUCGUUCAACAUGGUUCGUGCACGGACUUUUUCAAGUCCGUACAAUUGUCCAGGGAACACCUUUGGAAACUAAAAUACCGUAUUGCUUUACAGGUGUCGGAAACUAUGGAAUACUUACAUUCAAUGCAACCAAAACGAAUGCUUCAUCUGGAUUUAAAAUCAGCUAACGUGCUGUUGGACGCUACGCUAAACGUUAAGGUUUCUUACUCUUAA